AUGUCCCACAAUGUCGGUAUGAAUCCAACAGAGCAACCGAGUCCCUCACCAUUGCACAGUCAAGUGGACGAUCACGACAAAAAUAACACGACACCCAUUCCACGCGAUGAGCAUGCCAAGGUUGUUGAAGCGAAGGCAGCAGUCGUUCUCUUGAAGCACUCGAGGAUAUUCACCAACAAUGAAUACGUGCAAUGGAGGCUCAAGAUUCUAUUCCAACCACUUCAUGAUAAGACCUACGAGUCAAUGCAAUUUCUUUAUCUAUCAAAGAACCGCAAACCUAUUUGGAAACCCGAUGCACAUCUUGGUAUGAAUGCAUACUCAACUCUCAUUGUAUACUAUGAUUAUUCAACGACUGUUACUGCUACAACGUAG